GAGCUGAAAAUGGCCAAGCAGAUUCCUUCUCCAAAUUUGCUUCUGAUGGCAAUCAAAGUUCCAGAUCGGUCUUUGUUGAAAUUCUGGACGAACCAAGCUUCUUAAAGCCAAAAAUGAUGGAGAUCAGCACAAAUCCCAACACACCGAGCUGGACAGAUCCAGUUAUCUCAUUUUUAUGAGAUGGAACAGUACCAGCAGAUAAACAAGAAGAGAUGAAGUUGAGGAAGAAAGCAUCUAGGCAUACCCUUGUUAAUGACAUCCUCUACAAGAGAUCUUUUUCACUCCCUCUACUCCACUGUUUGAACCCUUAUGAGGCUAAAUACACACUUCAAGAGGUGCAUGAAGGUGUUUACGGAAGCCACAUAGGUGCUCAAACUUUGGCUCAUAAAGUCCUUAGACAAGGAUAUUACUUGCCCAACAUGCAUAGAGAUGCCACUCAGUUCGUACAGAGGUGUCAGAAAUGUCAAUUCUUUGCACAUUUAAUUCACCAGCCAGUAGAAGAGCUCACUACUCUAAUAGCACCUUGGUCAUUUGCUCAAUGGGGACUUGACCUUUUAGGUCCAUUUAUGAAGGGGAUUGUGGCUGAUAAUGGAACUCAGUUCAACUGUUCCUCAUUCAGAGAUUUCUGCUGUACUUAUGGGAUCAAAUUGCAGUUCACCUCGGUGUACCACCCAGAAUCUAAUGGAAUGGUAGAAUCUGUCAACAAGGUUAUACUCGAGGGAAUAAAACCAAGGUUAGAGCUGCAUAAGGCCAGGUGGGCAGACGAACUCAAUAACGUCCUUUGGGCAUACAGAACCAUGAGCCGAACUGCCACAAGUGAAACACCCUAUCAUCUAGCCUUUGGUAUCGAAGCAGUCAUUUCUAUCGAGAUAGGAGUCCCAAGCUUCAGGGUCACCCAUUUCGAUGAAGGACGAAAUGGACAACUGCUUGGGGAGAACCUUGACUUGCUUGAUGAAGUCAAAGAAGAAGCACGACUUCAAACUCUAGUUUACAAGCAGAAAAUAGCCAACUUCUACAACAAACGAGUUCGAUCUCGAACAUUCAAAUUAGGAGACCUUGUUCUCAGGAAAGCUGGUCUAACGGGGUUCGAAACUCGAUUCGGAAAGUUCGCACCAAAUUGGGAAGGCCCCUACACUGUAGCCAAAGUGCUGCACCCAGGUGCUUAUAUCUUACGGAACACUGAAGGCAAAAGGGUUCCUAGAGUCUGGAAUGUCAAUAACUUGAAGAAAUUUUACCCUUAAUACACUUCUUCCCGGAGAACUUUGCCUUAUUUUUACAAUUGUCAUUAUUCUCUCUUUCUGCUCACUGUAUAUACGAGCUCAAUUCAUUUAUCUCAUUAAUGAGUUUCACUUCACAUUCGAAGUGAUUCAGUUCUUCCUACUUUUCUAUACAUUGGAAGUGAAUUUUACUCAUUCUUGAAGUUAAUUCAUUGUGACUUAUUCAGUCACUUCAUUUUCUGGGUUACGAUUUUAUUAAUCAAUUACACCUUACUUU